AUGGCCGAAAAUAACAACUCAAACCCUACUCCACCACCACCGUCACCACCACCUCCCACACCGCCGCAUCAAGAAACCGAUUCAUCCACCCUAACUCCCCACCCAGAACCACAACCAGAACCGGAAGUCCCGGUUAUCGACCAAAAAGAACUACCGGAUCCACCACCGCAAGCAACCGAAUCAGAAACCGAUACAAAAGGUAACCAGUCACAAGAUGUAGUAGCAUCCGAACCCUCACCAGAACCAUCACGAGAACCGGAACAACCGCAACAACCGAAGAAAAUUCCAAUAAAUUUAGUUUCAUUCAAAGAAGAAAGCAACAAACUAAGCGAUCUCUCCGAUUCCGAACGAACCUCCCUCGACCAACUCAAACACCUCCUAACGGAAUCUCUCAAAGACGACCAAGUUUCAAUCUACGGCGUCCCUCUCCUCGUCGACGAACGCACCGACGUAAUCCUCCUCAAAUUCCUCCGAGCACGCGACUUCAAGCCAAAAGACUCCCACACAAUGAUCACCAACACCAUCCAAUGGCGAAAAGACUUCAACAUAGACGCACUCCUAGAGGAAGAUCUAGGCGAUGAGCUGGACAAAGUUGUUUUUAUGCAUGGCUUUUCGAGAGAGCAACAUCCUGUUUGCUAUAAUGUGUAUGGUGAGUUUCAGAAUAAAGAGCUUUAUGAUAACACUUUUGGGAAUGAGGAAAGGAGGAACAGGUUUUUAAGAUGGAGGAUUCAGUUUUUGGAGAAUAGUAUUAGGAAACUUGAUUUUCAUCCUGGUGGGGUUAAUACUGUUUUUCAAGUUAAUGAUCUUAAAAACUCCCCCGGCCCCGCUAAAAGGGAACUUAGACUUGCUACUAAACAGGCGCUGCAGUUGCUUCAGGAUAAUUAUCCUGAGUUUGUUGCUAAACAGGUUUUUAUCAAUGUGCCAUGGUGGUAUCUUGCAUUCUAUACCAUGAUCAAUCCGUUCUUGACUCAAAGGACAAAGAGUAAAUUUGUGUUUGCAGGCCCAUCGAAGUCUCCCGACACACUUUUCAAGUAUAUUUCUCCCGAGCAAGUGCCAGUUCAGUAUGGUGGCUUGAGUGUUGAUUUUUGUGAUUGCAACCCGGAUUUCAGCAUCAAUGAUCCCACCACGGAAAUUCCGGUAAAGCCGACUACUAAACAAACCGUGGAAAUUGCUAUAUAUGAGAAAUGCAUUAUUGUCUGGGAGUUGCGCGUGGUGGGCUGGGAAGUUAGUUAUAGUGCUGAAUUCAAACCUGAUGCUGAGGAUAGAUAUGCAGUUAUUAUACAGAAGGCUACAAAGAUGGCCCCUAGCGAUGAACCAGUAGUUUCCAACAGCUUUAAAGUCGGUGAACUAGGAAAACUGUUCCUCACUGUUGACAAUCCUACCUUGAAAAAGAAGAGGCUUCUUUACAGGUUCAAGAUCAAACCCUACUCUGAUUGA